AUGUUAUAAUAUUUUACGCCAAUGGAACCAGAUGUACAGCUCUGAGGACGAAAUGAAUUGUCAAGAAAUUAUAAUCAUUGUCGGACUAUUGCUGAUUGUCUCUCAUAAUCGGGUAACUGACGGUUGUCACGGGACUGGGGGUCCUUCAAAGUGGCGGAAACCUUCGAGAAAACUGACACCUUUGGUGCAGAGACAACAUAUUCCAAACAUAUCAGAAUUUACCAUCGGAGCAAGUGGGCCACCAGAAGGAAAGAUAACACGAGAAGACAAAAGAUUCAAAGAUCUCAUUGUAAACUAUAACCCACAAGUUGUUUUUAAAAAUGAAGAAGGAACUGACGAUGAUCGUCGAAUGUCAAAGAGAUGCAAAGAUCGGGUAGAUACAUUGGCCUAUCUAGUGUCAGCCCGCUGGCCAGCUGUUAAACUACGUGUGACGGAAGCUUGGGAACCACAUAGAACAACUACUCAUCCUGAAGGAUCACUACACUACGAAGGUAGAGCCGUCGAUCUUACCACUGAUGACAGAGACCACUCAAAAUAUGGAAUGCUGGCAAGGUUAGCAGUUGAAGCCGGAUUCGACUGGGUUUUUUAUGAAUCGAAAUAUCACAUCCAUGCUAGCGUCAUUGCAGAUGAUUCCGAGACAACACUGUACGGUAGCGGAUGCUUCUCUGGUGAAAGUACCGUAACAAUGGAAAAUGGGGAGUCACGCAAGAUGUCUGAACUGGAAGUGGGUGACAGGGUACUUGCGACAGACAGAAGUACUGGCUCAAUGAUCCCAAGUGACAUCAUCUUGAUGAUGCACAAAAGUGAAGAUGACAUCGCAGACUUCUUGACAAUAAGCGUUACGUCAUCAUUGUUAGAAUCUCGGACUCACCGACAAAUAACAUUGACUCAAAACCAUCUUAUUUUCGUUCAUUCAUCCAACACAUAUAAACGCGCGAGGUGGCGACCCAGAGCCGUUUACGCUUCAGAAGUCAAGGAAGGUGAUGUGGUUUAUAUGAAAUCACUUCUUAGGGGAAACAUUACUGAAGCCACGUUAGCGAACGUCACGGGGGUUGAAAAAGUCAAACGUAGCGGCGUUUAUGCACCCCUCACGGACGCGGGAACUGUGGUUGUUGAUGGUGUUGUGGCUUCAUGCUAUGCUGUGUUUGACAAUGAACCAAUUUCACAUGCUUUGUUCUUACCUUUGCGAACUUUGUGGCGUUUGGGUGCCAGGUGGUCUAGUUCUGUUUAUGGAAUUCAUUGGUAUCCUAAAACAAUUUUUAACGCAGCGAUCGCCGUACUGCCAAGUGGCGUAUUGAGACCGUGAUGAAGUCUUUAUGGUGGGCAUGAGUUCCCACAGUAUUAUGACCAGAAACGUCGUGGUAAGUGAAGAUGAAUAUUAGUACAAGGUCUACGCCGAAAAACGUGGAAAAGGGAAUUAAAUUGAGUGCUGUUAAUAAACAUUAAAAACGGCUUCCAUUGUCGUUGCAAAAACUUAUCUUAUUCAACCUCCCAAAUGUUUCGCAAAAUUUCAAAAUAAUUAAAACGCAAAUAAACAGAAUUGUCAAAAUAUGAUACAUCUUGCACACAUACCAAAAACUUCCACCCAAACAUAUUUAUUGCGUUUUACAAGCUACCUCGAUAAAAACAUUCCAAUUGCAAGAUUUACCAGUAUCAGCGCACCAUCAUGCGGCGAAUGUAUGACUUGUAAAUAUGAAUCCUUAACAUAAAGAAAUGAACAUAUGUAGUCCACUAACUUUCAAAUAAACUCCUGCAAAUUACGUCCCGCUGGAAAAGCUUGAAGGUCGACGACAUUCUAUGUUAAAUGAUUCCUGGAAAGUCGUAACAAAAAAACUCUUCAACUAAAAAAAUUACGUUACAAAUAUUAAGUCCUAAAAUUUUUUCAUCCUAAUAUUUGUCGCGAUUUCUUUUUAUAUAAUGCACUGUGCAAAUAUGUAUACCUUUAUUAUACGUAUUAAUUCAAGACGUUACUAUAUAUUCUUCAAAUAUGUAAAUUUUGGAAUAUCACAUGAUCUUCUUUAAAUUUGUGUAUUUCCAUAUUUCCGUAUAUUUGUACAGAUAUUUAAUAUUGUGGUAAGCAUUGUAUAUCGAGACUUUUGAUAUAUACAAUAACACGUUCUCAUUCUUCAAAAACUAAUCUGAAUCAGUAUCAAUUUGCAUUUGUUAUAGAUCAGAAAGCUGUUAGCCGCUUCGCUCUGUGAGCAUUCCUACAUAAGUUCAGACAUGAAUUAACGGCAAGGGACAUCUUACGCAAAAAAUAAGUAUCUGAAAUAUAGUGAAAGAGUAUUUGAAAUCGCAACUGAUUUCAAUUCAGGCCCAGUUAUCACACGUUAAAAUUCGACCUCUGCAUGCAUCAAAUUAUGACUGCAAAUGUGAACUCCAUAUAUAUUUGUAUAUUUCUUAUGAUUACUUUUUGGAUUCGGAGGAUUCUGGCUAUGUACAUCACAAUAAUGAUGAGAGUGGCGGGGAAGUCUACUGUGUUACAUGAGUUUCAAUAAUGACGACGAUAUUUCACUAAAAGGAUAAAAAAUUAUAUUUAUAUUUGCUUUAUUAUUGUUUACAACAUUCCUCGAAUUCCAGUGAGAAUUUUUUUUUAUCAACUUCAAGUUUUUUUUUCUCUCUUCUUUACUUGUUUUCACUGUAACGAUGAGACAAUGUUUCCAAUGCCUAUUUCAUUUGUAAAGAAAAAUUAAUAAUAAACGUUCAUAUUCUGUCAGUUUAUCUAAGUACACAAAGACAAAAUAUUCCACCACGCGAUCUGAAAGACAUACAGAAAAAAAAAAUAUACUUAAUUCUGCAGUGAUUGAGAUCCCUAUAUUUUAUAUAUAUAUUUGUUCCACCACAUUAAUCCAAUUUUGUUCAAUCAAUAAAUAAAUAAUUUGACUUCGUCGUGGAAAUUUGUUUCAUGCUUUUUUUCAAAUUAUAGUUCAUUUGGAGGCUUAUGUUGUGAUACGAUAUGAGUCAAUUUUGAUUUUCAUGUGAGUAAAUUUUCAUAAACUCUGGAAAUAACUUUAACAUUCACAAAACCAUCAUCGAUUUAAUGAGUGAUUUAAUGACUUAUUAGUGAUGUGGUAUUAAUAUUAUUUUUAUGUCCUUAUUUUGUAUUUUCUGUUCAUUUUUAUACCUUUGCACAUGUUUCAAUAAAUGUGAU